CGUUAUUUCGAAGGGAAGCACACGGGCUCGAGUGUUUCGAAAGGUUCGUGAAAUUUGCAGUCGAUGCAAGUUAAACAUCCUGCACUGAAGCAGGAAAUUAAUUACUUAGUGUGUCGACGACAUCAAUCGAGAUCUACUUACGAUCAUUCCAACAAGCAGUGAAGAUUCGGGGAGAUGGCAUCUGCGGGAUUUCGCCUCCCGCGGCCAUGAAAACAGGACAUGCGUAAAAUUGUCGUUAUGAAGUUAACCUUCCUUUCCAUCUUGAACAUCAUAGCUGUGUUGAAAACAGGUUAGCGUUUAUUUUAAAGAUUAUCCUUCCUUCUCGAGACAACUGUAGUUUAGCUCUGAAAAUUUCAUCGAUCUGUUUGUAAUCAGCUAUGUAGAAAUCAUGGUCGAUCUUGCCUGUCUAGUUAAAACUUAAGUUCCGAAUUUCAAAUCUAAGCUAAGCCAGGAGCAGUCUCGCUUCAAGACUUACAUAAAGUAUACAUUUAAAUCGAUAGUGUUCGACCCUCAGGAUUUACAUGGCAAACUAUUUGAGUUCUAAGAAAGCGCGUAAAGAGUCAGUCUGUCGAUGAGCUUGAUCUAUUAUGCAUCGGGAUGAAUUUUUUGAAAACAAAAUUCCUAAUCUCGGACCAACUGUCUCCUUCAGUUACCUUGAAGAGGUUAUCUGCGACAGACUGCGAUGUGCAAGUUCUUAUGCUGGUAGUCCGUGGAUUCGUUCCUUAGAAAUAAUGAUUACACCCAUGUUUUAUUUGUAAAUUAACUUAUUCCUGAAAUUUUUUCUCGCUUUUAGGGCAUGGAAUCCCAAUAUCGUCAUUUACAAACGAUGCAGACAACAGCAUUCAACUUCCAGGGAUCAAAAACUUAUCAGAGUCAUCAAACCAAAAUCACUCAAGACUAAACAACAUUACAAGCAAUGAACUAAAGACAGAUCCAAUCAUUACAACAACAAACACUAUCAAGCAUGAGUCACCACCCCUGACUUUUCCAACGGCCCACACAGAUAGGAAUUUGUGGAGUGCAGGAUUUCAAGACAGCAAAACAAAUGUCUCCAGCAAGAACAGUACUACAACUGUUAGGACUCCACUGACUUCUAAAAAUCCAACAAACCUCAGAACUCCAACAGAACAUCACACCCUACCAACUGUUUUGCCAACUACACCUCGCUCAAAGAAGCAUCGAUUUAUUUGGAAAAUACUUGCUUACACUCUCAUACCUGUGGGUUGUUUGUUGACAAUCCUGAUCACAUACUGUUUGGUAAGUCUAAAAGAUAUUUAUAACAUGAGCAGGGGUUCUUAAUCCUUCACACCCUAUCAUCAGUAUCCAUACUCUCCUUACUGCUAUUCAGACAUUUCCUAAGCUGCUAACAAGGAGAAUUUGCUUGACAAUCAAGAGCCUUAAUAGUAAUGAUUAGUUGGUGAUCAUUUCCUUUAUUCUCAUGACCUUAAUGUGUGAUUCAGGACCAAUAUUGCAAGAAGAAAUUAGAUGACAGUCACUCUUGGAAGUUAAUGGAAAUGGGGUAGUAAGGAAAAAGCCAAACAUGAGAUCCUGCUUGCAGGCUUAACCUUUAACUCCAAAGAUCUGAUUGUUAAUUCUCCUAUUUAGCUAUUACACAUUUCCUUGUCAUUAAGUUACAAGAAUUUGGUGUUACGUCAUGAUAACAACCUCUAACUGAUAAGUCUGAGUAAUCUCAUCACCUGUUUGUGGGAUAUUGUAUGAAUAUUGUAGGGAGAUGUUAUAUGUAAAUCACCUCUGGGAGUUAAAGGGUCAAAAGAUGGUGGAAAGAGGUCUUAUGCAUGGUGAUAGAUUGCUGGUAACUUACUUUAAUGGGAACAUCUGGACUAGCAGCCUUAUUUGGCUUAGUGAUGCAAGAUUUUCAUCGUCCUAGCUCCAGUAUUGAGGUCAAGGGCCAAAUCAUUUCAGAAGAUGUCCAGAAAUAACCAAAUAUCACACAAGGUGGUCCAAAAUUUGCAAAGAUACUAUAAAGGAUAAGAAAGAUGGUAAAGUUUUUGAGCUUGGUAUUGAAAUACAAAUGAAAUUGAAAUAUUUCAUUAUCAAGCUUGAAGUGUACAAUCUUUGGUAUUCUCUUUGCAUACAUAAGGCUUUGGACAUUGCUGAUCCUUGCAGUAUUCAGGACACAUAUAGCGUAUAAACCAGGUUAUAGCCAAGCUCACAAUGGAGUCCCUGUGGCUCAGCAGUAGAGCAUCAAAGGGUGGAACCUGAGAGCUUGAGGUUUAGUUUUCAUGGGAAAUUGGAAAUUUUGUCUGGGUCCUAAGCCCACGUCAAGCAAAAAAUGGUCUCUCCUUGUUAAUUGUCAAUAAGAGUUUAUAUUAAUUUUGCCAGCACCAGCUCUUCUGUACAAAAUAAUGAAGGUUUCACCAAAAAAGACCAUUCACAUAUCUACUUUUUUUUGGCUCUUUAAUUGAUUUGAGUUUAAUUUGGCAUUGCAUUUUAUUUUUCAAAAAUUAUGUCAAUCAACCCUUUGACCCCCCCCCCCUGAGAGUGACUAGUUUCUGAUUUCUCCUCAUGAUAUCACCCCUGAAAAUGAUCACCAACCAAAGGAGCUCCUGAUUGUGAAACAAAUUCUCCUUGUCAGUUCUUUUGGGAAUUUAUAGAGAACAGUAUGGAGAAUAUGCAUACUGAUGUUAGGGUGUAAAGGGUGAAGACUGACCUAGCUUGAAAGUUCCUGCUUGGCAUGAAAUUGUUUGGCAGCUGUGAGGUACCAAGCAUGCAAAUCACACCCAACACAUCAGUUUCAGUUAUUAACAUUUUGUGCUUUUGGCAUGAGUAAAAAAUGGGUUGGAUUUAAUAAAGUUGGUUUUUUUCUCUCGGAAAAAGGAGGGAUGUAACUGAUAUAUUUUCUACAAAUUUACACUAUGAAAUAAACUGCUCAAUAUUAUAGUAUUUUGGUUUUGUUUAAGGUUCGUCAUGUGCAGAAAGUACGGAGGAAAAGAAGACUUGAGCGGGAGCUUGUACAUCAAUACUCUUAUCCAAACAGUGAAGCUGAUGACUCAGAAGAACAGAAUAUUGGAGACUUUGAAAGUGUCAUUAACACUCACUUUGUUGCCUUCAAUGAUCGCACAGACAAAAAUCUUUAUGAGGAUCCUCAGACAGAGGUAAGAUCUGAUGUGGAGCAACACCAAAGAAGCUGGCAAAGUCCUUUAACCCUUUACCUCCUAUGAGUGACCAAGAGAGAAUUUCUCCUUACAACAAUCAACACAAUAUCAAGCAUAGAAGUGAUGAGAAUAAAGUAAAAUAUCAAUUAGGGAUUAUUAGUUGAUCCAAUACCAAAUUCUCCAAAUUGACAUCAUAAGAAUUGUAUGACAGGCAGUAAGGCGAAUUACUAAUGAGAUUGUGGAAGGUAAAGGGUCAAUCUUUUUACCCCUAGGAGUAGUCAAAGACCAAUUUCUCCCUGCAGUAUCUGAAGUCAACCCUUUCACUUUCAAGAUCUCAUUAGUAAUUCUCCUUACUGUCUGCUAUACAAGUUUCAUAAUAGCAGUGUGGAUAAUUUGGUAUUGGAUCAACUAAUAAUCCCCUCGUUGCUAUUUUUCUUUUUUCCACGUCACUUGUCAGCUUGAUAUUGUAGUGAUAUUAUAAGCAAAAAUUCUCUCUAGGUCACUUAUGGGAGAUAAAGAUGUUUUGGAAACAUUUGUCAUGAGUGUAUAGACAGAAAAUGCAUAUGUGAGAUCUUCAAAUAACAUAUUAGGGCCAUAAAUUUGUUCCAUAGUGUAUCUAGAAAAAAAAAACACAAGUAACAUCUUUCAAAUAAACAAAAGGUGUUCUUUUACACUACAGGUGAACCUAGCCUUUGAAGAAAGUUCCAAACUGGUGGUUCAUGAGUCUGCUACUUCUAUUCCAGAGGAACUUGAAGUUUCAACAAGUUUUACCAGUUGA